AUGGCGCCCCCCCAAAAGAAGCUCAAGAUCUCCGCAGAUCCCCAAGAACUUUGGGAAUUGAACUUAUGCGUGGCUUGCAAAAAUCGUUUGAACGCUACUUCGAAGAUAUUGAAAUGUCUUCAUGGCAUGUGCCAACGAUGUUUUAAAUUGAAUUCUAAAGUUCCAGGUCAUUGUGUAUGCAAAUGUGGAAAGGAAACUGGUCUUUCAACUGGAUUCAUUAAUUAUUCUAUUUAUUGUGAAAAGUUUGAUGAAAGUACUUUAAGAAAUAAUUAUAUGAACCAGGAAUACCAAAAAAAAGAUGAUGAGCCAUACAGGACGAAAGCCCCGUGUCCAAAUUGCGUUGAUAAAUACAUUGAGCUAUAUUGUAUUACAUGCAAAACAUUUCAUUGUGCACUAUGCCAAUUAAUGGAUCACAGAAGCCACGAAUUUAAAAACAUAGACGCAGUUAUGGAGGAGAUCCGGUCAAAUUUAUGUAAAAAUAAAGUUGACUUAUGGAUUCGAGCUGAAUUGUGGAGGAGCGAAAAAAGAAUGCAUAAUUAUGUGGAACUGUAUUACAAGGAAAACAUUGAAAAGUCGACUAAAACAUGCUUGAAAUUAGACAGAUUAAAAAAAAAAUGCAAUUUUUAUCUUAAUUUUGCUGAGUCUGUUUUAAAUAAACAGAAAAAUGCUGACCUAGAUAUCACACAUUUCGUAAACAAACAACUGGAGAAUUUGAGAAUAGAUUUUACAGAUGACAUAAGUAAAUUGGAUUCAACUAAUCCAACUAUUAAUUUAAAAGCCAAGUUAGACAAUACACUGCAUGAGUUAAACAAAUCCGUUUCAAAAAUUAUAAUUUAUAAUCCACACUAUGGAGAAGGAAUUAAUGAAAUUAUCAAGACCAUGAGUAUUACAUCGUGUCCGGGAUACCUCAAGGCCACUAUAGUAAGCUUUAAAACUGUACAAGUACAAAAUACUACAAAUACCUAA